AUGAACCUUCUACUUACUUUGGUUAUGUUUACUGCGGCUGUCUCUGCCUGCAGUGGCCCUGCCUUCCGGUGUAAGAAGGCCCAGGGAUCUAAAUCUGGUGACUAUAGCAGAACUAGCGAGAUCUGCGCAGAAAUAGGUAAUGGCGCAGAUAUGUGCUAUUGCUAUGGGGCAGCUGAGGAUUACUGCUCCCUUGCGAGUGGUGCCGAUGUGAAAACGUUUCAAGAUGACUGUGAAGCGGACCCUGGAUGGUAUUAUGCGGCCUGUUAA